GCUGCGCUCAUCGCUCCGUGGCGUCGCUGCGACCUCUGGACUCUUGAUCCUCCAACACCAGGACGGUCUCUGCUUUCGGCUGAAUCCACUUUGAAUUUUCUUAUUCUGUGACUUAAAAACCACUGGCAUUUUUUUUGGACAUUCUGGACCUUCAGACCUUUUCUGGACCUUCUGAAUCUUCAGAACGUUUCUGGACCUUCAGGACUUUUCUGGGCGUUUUGGAUCCGGUUUAGCUCGUUUUCUUAUUUUUUCUUAUGGACUCAGAGGGUCACACUGUAAACAUUGUUGUUUCUGUCCUCGCCACCUCCCCACGAAAGGAUUUACAUUUUGAAACUCCAGUAAAUGUUUAAACUUUGCCGCUUGGAGGGGUCCAGCUGAAACGUCGGUGUGUUUUGGAGGGAAACGCCUUGUUUACCCAUUUUUAUUGAAGCGCUGUGGUGUCUGACCGGGUUGGGACCCUGGAAUGGUGCUGGAGCUCCUGGGGCCCUCGUUCGCAGCAGGUUUUCUCAGCACGGCCCCUCAUUGCUCAUCUGUGGGUUCUGGGCUGUGAUGGAGGAGGAGUGGCCGUGGUCAGGGGAACCUAGUCAGCAGGUGUCCUAUGACCAGCUGGAAGGUCGCUUCAAACAGCUGCAAGAUGAGAGGGAGGCGGUGCAGAAGAAGACCUUCACCAAGUGGGUCAACUCCCACCUGUCCAGAGUGUCCUGCAGGAUCACGGACCUGUACAUGGACCUGAGAGAUGGACGGAUGCUCAUCAAGCUGCUGGAGGUUCUGUCCGGGGAGAGACUGCCGAAGCCCACCAAAGGCCGGAUGCGGAUCCACUGUCUGGAGAAUGUGGACAAAGCUCUGCAGUUCCUGAAGGAGCAGCGGGUCCACCUGGAGAACAUGGGAUCCCAUGACAUCGUGGAUGGAAACCACCGCCUAACGCUGGGCCUCAUCUGGACCAUCAUCCUCCGCUUCCAGAUUCAAGACAUCAGCGUGGAAACUGAAGACAACAAGGAGAAGCGGUCGGCCAAAGACGCCCUGCUGCUCUGGUGUCAGAUGAAGACGGCUGGGUAUCCCAACGUCAACAUCCACAACUUCACCACCAGCUGGAGAGACGGCAUGGCCUUCAACGCGCUCAUCCACAAGCACAGGCCUGAUCUGAUCGACUUUGACAAACUGAAGAAGUCCAACGCUCACUACAACCUGCAGAACGCCUUCAACCUGGCCGAGCAGCACCUGGGCCUGACCAGUCUGCUGGACCCAGAAGAUAUCAGCGUGGAUCAUCCCGAUGAGAAGUCCGUCAUCACCUACGUGGUGACGUACUACCACUACUUCUCCAAGAUGAAGGCGCUGAAGGUGGAGGGCAAACGGAUCGGAAAGGUCUUGGACAACGCCCUUGAGACGGAGAAGAUGGUCGAGAAGUACGAGUCUCUGGCGUCGGACCUGCUGGAGUGGAUCGAGCAGACCAUCAUCAUCCUCAACAACAGGAAGUUCGCCAACUCUCUGAUGGGGGUCCAGCAGCAGCUGCAGGCCUUCAACACGUACCGGACCGUGGAGAAGCCGCCCAAGUUCGUGGAGAAGGGGAACCUGGAGGUUCUGCUCUUCACCAUCCAGAGUAAGAUGAGAGCCAACAACCAGAAGGUGUACAUGCCGCGCGAGGGAAAGCUCAUCUCCGACAUCAACAAGGCAUGGGAGCGCCUGGAGAAGGCGGAGCACGAGCGGGAGCUGGCUCUGAGGACGGAGCUCAUCCGCCAGGAGAAGCUGGAGCAGCUGGCCCGACGCUUCGACCGCAAGGCAGCCAUGAGGGAGACCUGGCUCAGCGAGAACCAGAGACUGGUGUCCCAGGACAACUUUGGCUUUGACCUUCAGGCGGUUGAAGCAGCUACCAAGAAGCACGAGGCGAUUGAGACGGACAUUGCAGCGUACGAAGAGCGCGUCCAGGCGGUGGUUUCCGUGGCGAGGGAGCUGGAAACGGAGCGCUACCAUGACAUCAAGCGCGUUGCAGCCAGGAAGGACAACGUCAUCCGACUGUGGGAGUACCUGCUGGAGCUGCUGAAGGCGCGCAGGCAGAGGCUGGAGAUGAACCUGGGCCUGCAGAGGGUCUUCCAGGAGAUGCUCUACAUCAUGGACUGGAUGGACGAGAUGAAGAUGUUGCUCCUGUCUCAGGAUUAUGGGAAGCAUCUGUUGGGGGUGGAGGACCUGCUGCAGAAACACGCCCUGGUGGAGGCCGACAUCGCCAUCCAGGCCGACAGGGUGAAGGCCGUGUCCACCAACGCCAGCAAGUACUCCGUCUCUGACAGCGGCUACAAGCCAUGUGACCCUCAGGUGAUCCAGGACCGAGUGUCCCACCUGGAGUUCUCCUACCAGGAACUGACCCAGUUGGCUGCUGAGCGCCGUGCCCGUCUGGAGGAGUCUCGCCGCCUCUGGAAGUUUUUCUGGGAGAUGGCGGAGGAGGAGGGUUGGAUGCGUGAGAAGGAGCAGAUCCUGUCCUCCAUGGAGCAUGGGAAGGACCUGACGGGGGCGCUGCGCCUCCUCAGCCAGCAGCGCGCCCUGGAGGACGAGAUGAGCGGCCGCGCCGGCCACCUGCAGCACACCAUCGCCGAAGGCCAGGCCAUGGUGCAGGCGGAUCACUUCGGCUCAGCCAAGAUCCAGGAGCGCAUCGCCGACCUGCAGGCGCAGUGGGCGGCGCUGGAGCAGCUGGCUGCCGGGAGGAAGAGGAGGCUGGAGGAGGCUCUGGCCCUGCACCAGUUCCAGGCUGACGCCGACGACGUCGACGCCUGGACGCUGGACGCGCUGCGCAUCGUCUCCAGCGGAGAGACGGGCCACGACGAGUUCUCCACCCAGGCGCUGGUCAGGAAACACAAGGACGCGGCAGCGGAGGUGGCCAGCUACCGGCCCGUCAUCGAUGCGCUACACGAGCAGGCCGCCGCGCUGCCCAAGGAGGAGGCGGAGUCAGAGGACGUGCGCGGACGGUUGGCUGGGAUUGAGGAGCGCUACAAGGAGGUGGCGGAGCUGACGAAGCUGAGGAAGCAGGUGCUGCAGGACGCGCUGGCACUCUACAAGAUGUUGAGUGAAGCUAACGCCUGCGAGGUCUGGAUCGACGAGAAGGAGCAGUGGCUCAACAACAUGGAGAUCCCCGAAAAACUGGAGGACCUGGAAGUCGUCCAGCACAGGUUUGAGAGUCUGGAGCCAGAGAUGAACAACCAAGCGUCCCGUGUGGCCGUGGUGAACCAGAUCGCCCGGCAGCUGAUACACAACGGUCACCCGAGCGAGAAGGACAUCAAGACCCAGCAGGACAAGCUCAACAACAGGUGGGGCCAGUUCCGGGACCUGGUGGACCAGAAGAAGGAGUCCCUGAACUCGGCUCUGGGUGUGCAGAACUACCACCUUGAGUGCAACGAGACCAAGUCCUGGAUCAAAGAGAAGACCAAAGUCAUCGAGUCCACCCAGGAGCUGGGCAACGACUUGACCGGGGUCAUGGCCCUGCAGCGCAAACUGACCAGCAUGGAGCGGGACCUGGCCGCCAUCGAGGACAAGCUGGGCGACCUGCGAGGAGAAGCCCAGCGGCUGGCCGAGGAGCACCCCGACCAGGCCAAGGCCAUCACGGGCCGCCUGGCUGAGAUCACCGCCGUCUGGGAGGACAUGAAGAACACUCUGAAGACCCGCGAGGAGUCUCUGGGGGAAGCCAGGAAGCUUCAGCAGUUCCUGCGAGAGCUGGACGACUUCCAGUCCUGGCUGUCCCGCACGCAGACGGCCAUCGCCUCCGAAGACAUGCCCAACACGCUGGCCGAGGCCGAGAAGCUGAUGGCCCAGCACGAGGGCAUCAAGAACGAGAUCCAGAACUACGAGGAGGACUACCAGAAGAUGCGGGACAUGGGCGAGACGGUGACGCAGGGCCAGACGGACGCCCAGUACAUGUUCCUGCGGCAGCGGCUGCAGGCGCUCGACACCGGCUGGAACGAGCUGCACAAGAUGUGGGAGAACCGGCAGAACCUGCUGUCUCAGUCCCACGCCUACCAGCUGUUCCUGAGGGACACCAAGCAGGCGGAGGCCUUCCUCAACAACCAGGAGUACGUCCUGGCUCACACUGAGAUGCCCACCACUCUGGAGGGGGCCGAGGCCGCCAUCAAGAAGCAGGAAGACUUCAUGACCACCAUGGACGCCAACGAGGACAAGAUCAAUGGCGUGGUAGAGGCGGGCCGACGGCUGGCCAGCGACGGAAACAUCAACGCCGAACGCAUCCAGGAGAGGGUCGCCUCCAUCGAUGAAAGACACAAGAAGAACCGGGAGGCAGCGGUGGAGCUGCUCAUGAGGCUGAAGGACAACCGAGACCUCCAGAAGUUCCUGCAGGACUGCCAGGAGCUGUCCCUGUGGAUCAGUGAGAAGAUGCUGACGGCGCAGGACAUGACCUACGAUGAGGCCAGGAACCUGCACAGCAAGUGGCUGAAGCACCAGGCCUUCAUGGCUGAGCUGCAGUCCAACAAGGAGUGGCUGGACAAGAUCCAGAAGGACGGGGCGCUGCUGGUGUCGGAGAAGCCAGAGACGGAGGCGGUGGUGAAGGAGAAGCUGGCGGCGCUCCAGACCAUGUGGGAGGAGCUGGAGUCCACCACGCAGACCAAAGCCCAGUGUCUGUUCGACGCCAACAAGGCGGAGCUGUUCACCCAGAGCUGCGCCGACCUGGACAAGUGGCUGGCCGGCCUGGAGGGCCAGAUCCAGUCCGACGACUACGGCAAAGACCUGACGUCCGUCAACAUCCUGCUCAAGAAGCAGCAGAUGCUGGAGAACCAGGUGGAGGUGCGUCAGAAGGAGGUGGUGGAGCUGCAGAGCCAGGUGAAGGCCCUCGGUCAGGAGGUGAAGGACGCCGACGAGGUGGACGGCCGGCGGCAGCUUGUGGAGAAGAAGUUCCAGGAGCUGCUGGAUCCCCUGCGGCACCGCAGGAACUUCCUGGUGGCGUCCAGAGAAGUUCAUCAGUUCACCCGGGACGUCGAGGAUGAGAUCCUCUGGGCUCAGGAGAGGAUGCCGUUGGCCACGUCCACCGACCACGGACACAACCUGCAGACGGUGCAGCUGCUCAUCAAGAAGAACCAGACGCUGCAGAAGGAGAUCCAGGGCCACCAGCCGCGCAUCAACGACAUCCUGGAGCGCAGCCAGGGCCUCCUGCAGGACCAGACCUCCAACAGCGAUGGGAUCCGGCAGCGCUUGGCCGACCUGCAGCAGCUGUGGGACCAGCUGAAGGAGGAGGCGGAGCAACGCCACGCCCGCCUCCAGGAGGCCCACAAAGCCCAGCAGUACUACUUCGACGCCGCCGAGGCCGAGGCCUGGAUGAGCGAGCAGGAGCUCUACAUGAUGUCAGAAGAGAAGGCCAAGGAUGAGCUGAGCUCCGUCACCAUGCUGAAGAAGCACCAGAUCAUGGAGCAGGCGGUGGAGGACUACGCCGAGACCGUCCACCAGCUGUCCAAGACCAGCAGGGGCCUGGUGGCCGACGGACACCCCGAGAGCGAGCGGAUCAGCAUGCGCCAGUCUCAGGUGGAUAAGCUGUACGCAGGGCUCAAGGACCUGUCGGAGGAGAGGCGGGGCAAACUGGAUGAGCGGCUCCGGCUCUUCCAGCUCAACCGGGAGGUGGACGACCUGGAGCAGUGGAUUGCGGAGCGGGAGGUGGUGGCCGGGUCGCACGAGCUGGGUCAGGACUACGAACAUGUCACAAUGCUGCAGGAGCGUUUCCGGGAGUUUGCCCGGGACACCGGCAACAUCGGCCAGGAGCGCGUGGACGGCGUCAACCGACUGGCGGACGAGCUGAUCAACACCGGCCACGGCGACGCCGCCACGGUGGCCGAAUGGAAGGACGGGCUGAACGAGGCCUGGGCCGACCUGCUGGAGCUCAUCGACACGCGGACGCAGAUCCUCGCCGCCUCCUUCGAGCUCCACAAGUUCUACCAAGACGCUAAGGAGAUCCUGGCUCGCAUCGCGGACAAACACAAGAAGCUCCCUGAGGAGGUGGGCCGAGACCAGAACACAGUGGAGAUGCUGCAGAGGAUGCACACCACCUUUGAACACGACAUCCAGGCUCUGGGAACACAGGUGCGGCAGCUGCAGGAGGACGCCGUGCGGCUGCAGUCGGCGUACGCGGGAGACAAGGCCGACGACAUCCAGCGGCGGGAGAGCGAGGUCCUGGAGGCCUGGAGGACUCUGCUGGAGGCCUGCGAUGGACGCAGGGUCCGCCUCCUCGACACUGGAGACAAGUUCCGUUUCUUCAGCAUGGUCCGGGAUCUGAUGCUGUGGAUGGAGGACGUGAUCCGGCUCAUCGAGGCCCAGGAGAAUCCCAGAGACGUGUCAUCGGUGGAGCUGCUGAUGAACAACCAUCAGGGCAUCAAGGCGGAGAUCGACGCCCGUAACGACAGCUUCACCGCCUGCAUCGAGUUGGGGAAGGCGCUGCUGGCCAGGAAGCACUACGCCUCCGAGGAGAUCAAAGAGAAGUUGCUGCAGCUGACGGACAAGAGGAAGGAGAUGAUUGACAAGUGGGAGGACAGAUGGGAGUGGCUGCGCCUCAUCCUGGAGGUGCACCAGUUUUCCCGGGAUGCGGGCGUGGCCGAGGCCUGGCUGCUGGGUCAGGAGCCCUACCUGUCCAGCAGUCUGAUGGGGCAGAGCGUGGACGAGGUGGAGAAGCUCAUCAAACGCCAUGAGGCCUUCGAGAAGUCGGCUGCCACAUGGGAGGAGCGCUUCUCCGCCCUGGAGAGGCUGACCACGCUGGAGCUGCUGGAGGUGAGGCGACAGCAGGAGGAGGAGGAGCGGAUGAGGAGACCCCCCACUCCAGAACCAGCCCUGGUCCAGAAGGAGGAGCCUCUGCAGGAAAGCGCCGUCACCCAGAACGGACUCGCCUCGGACCAGGACUCUCCCCGGGACGCGGUGGACGGCGUAGACAUGGUGAACGGCGUCAUCGAGCGCAGCUCCAAGGAGCCGAGCCCCACCCCCUCGCCCACUCUUGGCAGGAAGAGUAAGAGCAGCCAGUCGUCCACGCUGCCCUCCAGGAACCAGGACUCCAUCUCCCAGAUGGAGGGGCUGCUGCACCGCAAACACGAGUGGGAGGGCCACAACAAGAAGGCCUCCAACAGGUCGUGGCACAACGUGUACUGCGUCAUCAGUAACCAGGAAAUGGGCUUCUACAAGGACAGCAAGGCGGUGGCUCAGGGGAGCGCCUACCACAACGAGACCCCCGUCAGCCUGAAGGACGCCGCCUGUGACGUCGCCUCCGACUACAAGAAGAAGAAACACGUCUUCAAACUCAGAGCCGCCGAUGGAAACGAGUAUCUGUUCCAAGCCAAAGAUGAAGAGGAGAUGAGCACCUGGAUCCAGGCCAUCCUGAACGCCAGCGCGACCGACCUCCCCGACACACAGAGCAGCAACCCCGGCACGCCGGCUUCUGUGCGCGCUCAGACGCUGCCGGCCUCCAUCACUGUCACCACCGAGUCGAGUCCCGGCAAGAGAGAGAAGGACCGGGAGAAGGACAAGGAGAAGCGCUUCAGCCUGUUCAAGAAGAAGCAGUAGAAGAAGAAACGGCAGGAAGGUUCACAGACGUUCUCUGAUCCGAUCACGACUUGGGCGCUGGGUUUUUAUCGUCGCCUCUGGGCCAAUCAUCUGCUCUGAAACCAUUUCACAUAAACAGGAAGUGAUGCUGCAUUUGAGGGCAGCUGGGAACUUUGAGUUUUCAGUGGAAGGAGUCGGGUUUGUUGUUCUCGUCAUUCCUCUAAAAAGCAGCUCGCGCUGAACUCGUUCUCCGUGGAAGCUACAAAUCAUUUGUUCUUUCAGCAUGAAACAGGUUCAACUGUGAGACUGAAAAGACCUGCUGAAUCUGAAUAAAAUUAAUGACGCGGGUUAACGGACGUGACGCUGGCUGAGUAGAUCAGCAAAAAAUUAAAAAUGCAAAGUUCAUCAACAAUUUGGUUCAAAAUGGGUUUUAUCAUAAAAAUAUAAAAAUGUCUUCUCAUAAAACCAAAAUAUAAACAUUCCAGAUAUAAACAUUCACAAAUAAUCCACUAAUUUCACAUUUUUAAAUAAUUUUUCAAAACUUCAGAAAAAAAAAACGCAGUUCAAAAUUGUUUUCAGAGAUUUUACACAUUUGUGAUAAAAAACGUUUUGGAUCAGACCCAAAAAGUGCAGCAUGAACUUUCCCUGUGACAUCACUCCUGAGAUCACUCCCGUGACAUCACUCCUGAUGUCACUGCCCAGCAGCCAAUGGCGGAGGAGAACGGCUGAGAAAGUUCGGAGGGCUGAAAGUUUGGCCAAAGCUUUGGUUGAUCAUUUUUUUUGUUUUUUCAUCUCGUUGUCGUUCGCGCGGUCAGAAGGAACAUGGUUGUUGUGACAUCAUCAUCGGCGCUGUUUCUCCCGCCCGCUGAUUGGUCUAUGAGCAGGGACCACACUUCGUUUUUUUUUUUUUUUAUUUCCUGUUUAUUGUUUUGUUGUGAAUCUGAAGAGACGCCGUCGUUCUUCUGCCGCUCAGAAAUUGGACCAACAGUGCAUUUACGUUUUUGUUUGUUAUGGGCGGCGCCGCUGCACAGCUGUUUCCUGUCCGUCAGAGGUCACCUGUGAGCAGGUGUUCAUGUAAAAACGUCCACUUGCAUGCUUCCUCAGACUCACCUGAAGUUUCUUGGGUUCUGGGACCGCCGAGCUCAGCAGCGAGGCGCCGACCUCCCGCUCUUUGAUACUCGUGUCGCUCUCCGUCACCGUAUAGCUAUCGUAGCGAACAUGUAUGGAAGUUAGCGCCAUCUUACCGCACAAUCAGAGCUGCAUCUGUAGGAAUGAAGAAGCCGAUCAGCCGAGUAUUUAAAGCUUUUCUCAUGUAUGAAACUGCACCUGUAGACUUUGAAGCUCUUUCUGUCUGAAAUGUGGAUGUCAUUAAAGCUUUUAAUCUUUAAAA